AUGACCCCUUUAGCUUUUACCGAUCUAUGUGAGAUGUUAGUUAGAGAGGGUGACCUUAGACCAACACUUCAAGCUACAGUUGAAGAGCAAGUUGCAAAAACACUUUACCUGUUAGCACAUAAUACGACGAAUCGCGAGUUAGCUUUUAUCUUUCGACGAUCUGGGGAGUCGUGGACUUAUUACGCCUAUCGUGGGGAGCGAUAUCGCUUGAAAGAGUAUUCAAGAAAUCCACCUCGAAAUCCUCGUGAAUUAUUUAAUCUGCGACACGCAUCUCUGCGCAAUGCUAUUGAACGAGCUUUUCGAGUUCUUAAAAAGAGAUUUCAUAUAAUUUCUAGUUCAACUGAACCAUCAUAUGGUGUUGAAACCCAAAAGCUUAUUAUUUUUUCAUGUUGUAUUUUGCACAACUACUUAAGAGGUGCAGAUCCAAAUGAUGAGUUACUUGCACAAGUUGAUGCGGAGCUUAUGAAUGAUAAUGAUGUGCAUGAAGAGCCACCAAAUCCUAGGGAAAGUAAUCGGGAGUUUAGAAGGGGGGAGUUGAUUAGAGAUGGCAUAGCAGCUGACAUGUGGACUAAUUAUCAAGUUUAA